AUGGGUCUCAGACGGCGUAUCUCGGAGAUGGACUUGAGAAUGUCUCCUUCGAGACGCACGUUGUCCGACCAGGUGCAGCAGCCCGAGCCUAGUGUCUACGCUACUAGUGUCAGUGAAACGCCAACGAAAAUGAGGUCUGAGGAGAAGCUCAAGCUCAAGGAUGGCAAGACACGCUGGGUCAACCAGCUCAAGGACUGGUUCAGCGUCGGCGAACCAUCCUCUCAUGACUGGAAGCAGUUGAAAAAGCAGGAGUUCCACAGACACGGAAUCGCCAUGAACGAUCCUGAUGCAAGCGCAAAGCUGCAUGCCCCCAUAGGGGCCAUCCCCGAAGAGGCCAUUAAGCCAUCCAGCGGCCCUGACCCUGAGGUCAUUGCCAGGAAAAGAGCCGCGAAUCGCAAGCAACUUCCUCGAGCUUACGGUGGUUGCGAGAGGACUUCGGGUUCCAUUUCUUCCGAGUCUUCUAGUGGCAGCAAGGAAGUCAACCCUAUUGCGCCUUGGGCGUAG